GGAAAUCAAGGUUGCAACAGGCACUAUGGCGCCUCCUUCUCGUUACUUUCCACCGACUGCAUCCACAUCUACGAGUACCUCUGGGCAGUCUCGGUUUUCUACGUUUGAGCCUCAGGAUUUGUGCCGCCCUCAAGGUUCGCUUCACGAUGGCCUUCCUCGCUCCACCCGCCGGCAAGUCCAAGCUCCGGAUCGUAUUCCACAGCCCAUCUAUCUGGGCAUUGAAGUGGAGGUACUAGAGUCUCAGGAGGUGGUGCGGUACGGAUUGUGCGCACAUGACGGCUCCUACACGCUGGACUACUACGAGGAAACUAUCGACGUUAGUCAUUGCAAUACGACGCCGGAGAAAGUUGAGUUUUUUGAAGCACAUAUUCUCCAGAAGCUGAAAGAAUACCAAUCGAGCAUGAACGUCAAGGCUCAUUUAAUUGGCCUGGGCCUGCGAGUCUGUAACACCAUGUGUUUUUUGAAACGGGGCUGCGCUACCAUGUGUGUGGACUACGGACGUGAACGCGUGUUCAGUGUGUACGGCUCCGACGUACCCUCCUUGUCUUCGCGCGUCUGGCAGGAACUUGACGCCAUCCCCUUCGUCAUGCGGACACGGGGCCAAACACUGGACGAGCGCGCCAGCACCGCGGUGCGUCAGGCGGUAGUGGCCUUAUCCCCGCAAUACCCCGGGAACAUCCCGAGAGUGGUGGUGGGCUACCGGAACGAGGUAGAGGUCGAUUGCAACAUGGACAUCCAUUUGUAUGACCUGGAGCAUUACCGACAAUUUUGCUCGGAAGGUACCUGGCAUGCGGUGUUGGCCAUGGCCGACGAGCUACGGCGGCGGCAAAUCAAGGUUUCUUACUUCAACUCCACCCCUCAAGGGGGGGGAGUGGCUUUGAUGCGCCACGCCCUGUUCCGACUGAGCCAUUACCUUCGGGUGAACACGCAUUGGUUCGUGGCGACGCCGUCUCCGGAUGUAUUCAACAUCACCAAGCGGAAAUUCCACAACGUCCUGCAGGGCGUCGCGCCCCCGAAUGUCUUUUUGGAAGAGGAAGAGAAGAAGAAGUGGCUGGAGUGGACGCAAAUGAAUGUGGAACGUCACUGGGACGACCCCGAUGGACCCUUGAUGACAUCGGACGUGAUUGUCAUUGAUGACCCGCAGGUUUGUGGCCUGAUCCCGUGGAUCCGACGCUUGAAUCCAGAGGCGAAGAUCGUCUACCGUUCUCACAUUGAAGUCCGAGCCGACCUCAUCCGCGACAACCCGCAGGGGCCGCAGGCGCAGACCUGGGACUUUCUGUGGUCUGCGAUCAAGCAAGCCGACCUCUUUGUUUCCCACCCCGUGAAGAACUUUGUACCCGACGACGUGCCUUUGGAAAACGUGGUGAUGAUGCCCGCCGCCACAGACCCGUUGGACGGAUUGAAUAAACCCCUGGACGACUUCAACGUCACCUAUUAUCAACAGGUUUUCAAUCGUAUCUGCUACGAUCAGGGCUCUCGGCGCGUAGAUUGGGACCGUCCCUACAUCACCCAAGUCGCGCGCUUCGACCCUUCCAAGGGCAUCCCGGACGUCCUCUUAGCCUAUCAUCGACUUUACUGCAAAUUUCUUGACGCGGGGGACAAGAAUCGUGUCGAGCCCCGUCGCAGCCAUGGACAGGGCACGAAAAAGGCGGAACCUGCCAAUGUGGGGGAUGGCGGCCAGCAGGAGACUGAGGAGGCGCGUGGGGAGGCUGAGUCGACAGAGGAGGACACCGGGUGGUCUGCGCUACACAGGCAGCUUCGCAUGGAGGAAACGACGCUGCCCCAGCUCAUUAUUUGCGGACACGGCUCCGUGGACGAUCCGGACGGGACGUGGGUGUUUGAAGAGGCGCAUACGAUGCUGAACAAGGAGGACUUCCGGGACCUCUGGCCCCACGUGACCAUCGUGCGCAUACCCCCUUGCGACCAGAUUUUGAAUGUGGUUUUACGGGGCGCCGUCUGCGCCUUGCAGCUCAGCCAUCGCGAAGGCUUUGAAGUGAAAGUGACGGAAGCCAUGGCCAAAGGUGUGCCGGUCGUGGCUUACAAGGCGGGGGGCAUUCCUUUCCAGAUCCGGGACAAGGAAAACGGUUAUCUGGUUCCGGUAGGUGAUACAGAGACGGUAGCAGAGCACGUGUAUUCCUUGUGUACGGAUGCCGAGUUGAGGGAAAAGCUCUCACGGAAGGCCCGGGAAGAGAUUGGAGAAGAUUUCUUUACGGUCCAUAAUUGGGCGAAUUGGGCCUAUAUUUGGCUCAAAAUUAAUAACAAACCUCGUGCCCCGCCCACCCUUGAGGAGGUACUGGAGGUUAAAAAACAAACAGAAAAAGGGGAGAAAGACCAGCAGGUCAAGCGUGAUGUUGAGGAGGGGGAGGGAGGGAUGGAAGGUAAC